AUGAGUUCCUCAGAUAAGGGAAGUCUCAUAUUCAGGCUGGCCAUUAUCAUGGCAGCGGGCAGCUCUAGCCCCUCAUGGAUAACUUUUUAUCUUGCUCUGCUGGUAACGCUGGUGUCCCAGAGCAACGGAGGCUGUCAGGACGCGGGACUCUGUUGCGUUGGACAAAAUCGCUCUUGUGUUACUGAAGGCUGGAGAGAAGAUCCCUCCUAUGGGGAAUGUUACUGCGACCAGGCAUGCAAGACGACGUUGGACUGUUGUCAUGACUACGACCUUGCCUGUCCAGCCGUACCAUGUGUGGUGAGUGAAUGGAGAGUAUGGUCUGGCUGUUUGGAGGCGUGUAAGCACACUGUGCGCACCAGACUGAGGCGGGUGAUCCAGGAGGCACGUAAUGGUGGAGAACUCUGUCCAACCUUACAGCAGACUGCAGGCUGCGCUGAGUAUCAAGACCAGCACGGUACAUGUCUGCAAUCACUUGUCCCAGCUCUCAUCACCACUGGUGGCUAUGGAAAUGCUCGGAAAAAGAGGGAGAUUUCAUACACAAACAACAUCAUGGGGUACUGUGUGGAGUUUGAGAUCACCUCUCUGACGGUGGGUUGUCAGCGAAGCAUCAGUCCGCACACCCGCUGGAUGAGGUACCUGAAGGAGGGGCAUCAGGUGUGUGUGGAGUGCCAGCCGCCAGCUCUGCCACAGGGUCAACACCACUGCACAGGGGACGGCGAGAGCUCCGGCCCGGUUAAGACAUUAUCUCUGCAAUGGCAGGCCGUUGGGAACUCUCAGUGCAGAGGGGUAUGGCGACGGAUCCGCCGUCAAAACUCCUGUUCCUGCCCUACUGUACACAGUUUUCUCUUCAUCUAA